AUGUGGUCCGACGACGAGUGGACCAAGCUCGGCUGGAAGCAGAACCAGGACGGCUCGUGGGUAAACGGCUCACGCACUUGGCGCCAACCGUCGACAACGGCUGCGCGCUCGUGGACGUGCAAGGUCUGCAACUCCACCAACUGGUCGUCCAAGACGAAAUGCUCCGUCUGCAACGUCAAAAAGUCCUUCCAGCCCCAGCCGGGCCAGCCCUCGCUGACCAACGCCGCUCCGCCCCCUCAGCAGGGAGUGGCGGCACACCUCUCCGCGGUCGCCAGCAAGCUCCUGCAGGCGGCCCCAACUACGGCACCUACGAGCACGGCAGCGCCAUCAGCGCCACCUUCCGCAUCCGGCGACCUGACCAAGGCCCAGCGGCAGGCCCAGAUCAAGCAGCUCGAGGCGGCGCCCAUCCCCCUACAGGGGGUCGAGCACCAGGAGCUCCGCUCCAGCAUCGUCAAGCAGGUGGCCGAGCACAAGCAAGCGCUGAUCUCGGACAAGCCCCUGGGCCAACGCAGGGACAACUGCAAGGACGCCCUCGAGCGCGCCAAGAAGCGCACCCUCCAGGAGCUGACGGACCUGCAGCACGAGUUGGCCGAGGCCCCAGUGCCAGAGGAGGGACUGGACGCUCUACGAGCACAUCUCGCCGCCGCCUGCGACAAAGUCGCUUCUCUGCCCGGCGCCCCGGCCGACGCCGCCGACCACGCCAAGUCCCUAAGCGCGGACCUGCUGUCCCGGUUCGAGAAGGCGUUCGAGGAGCAAGCAGAAGCGCCAACCGGUCAGCACGCCCCCACCCCACGCAGGCACAGCACCAAAUCGGAGCCAGUGCCAGGGGUGGACACCAGUGCACCAGGAAUGCCAGUGGGCACUCGCUACCACGGCAAGCAGCCAUUCAAGGGCCCUGUCCAGCAGCCCCUGACCAACUACUUCACAAUCCCCGCCGCGAUGCGAGCCGCUGCGAGCCCGCUCACCCGAUGGCAAGGGCACCGCAUGCGGCGUGAUGACACGGAGGUCUCCUUCCUCAACCUGGCGACCUUCAACGUCCAGACGCUCGACCCGAAGGAGCUCAACCACUACUACGCGUUCACCGCUGCCGCCAACUCGGACGGCACCGGCGGCGUCCAGCUGUGGAUCCACAAGGACCUCCACGCGACCGCCAGCAAGGACAAGCGCGACUUCUGGGAUGCCCUGCACAGGGAGCUCCAGCAGGCGCGGCACCGGACGUCCAUCAUCGUCUUCAUCGAUGGCAAUGACGACGAGGCCCAUGGCGUGAACUCCAACUACCAGUUCUCACAGGAGUGCCGCCUCGCCAACCAUCUCGCCGACGCGGCCGAGCUCCUCGGCAGCGAGGAACCCACGUGCUUCGGCAUACCGGGCCACGAAAAGCGGUGCGACCACAUCUGGCUCGGUCCUCGAAGGCAGCAUCAUCUACGGAGCGCGCAGGUCUACGACGACAGCCUCAGCUUCACCGAGAGGGAGGACCACAAGGUCAGCCCGGCCCGGCUCUGCGACGAGGACGUGCGCAUGGCUUUCCAGAGGGAUACGCAGCAGGCCGCCCACGAGCUCCAGCAGUACGUCCACGACGGCCCUGACCGCUACCACCAGCAGCUCAUCCACCGGUUCGAAAUCAAGCAGUCUGGCGCGGCCAUCGCGUCCAGAGACUCCGACUUACCCGUGCGUUUCUGGAAUGGCGAGCAACGAGCCUACAUGACCGACGCGACCGUGAUCGUGCACAACACCUCUUACAGCAACUUCCCGACGCUCAUCGCCAAGCGGCACUGGCGUCCAGAGACCCCGCACUUCAUCGCCGACGCGGCCGACCAGAGCGGCGACGCCAAGCAGUUGCACAACAUUACAAGACAGCUCAAGGUGCGCAAGGGCUUCCGCAAGCACGCCAAGACAUUGGACGAACGCGGCACUGCGCUCUUCGACCCCGACGAGAUCCAGCGCAGAUGGGAGCGGCAUUGGUCCUCCUUGUUUGCCGGCAUUUGCAUAACUAUGACAGCUUUGUCAGAAUCCCCCCCUGCCGGGGAUCCGUCACGGCGGCCGCCGCAGCAGUUGGAUCGUGACCGAGUGCGGCAUAAUCUAUAUCGCAUUCACCCGAAGAAAAGCCUCGGCCCAGACGGCAUCAGCGCGUCAAUUUGGCGAGCCGGUGGAGAGGCCGCGCUGGACAUGGUGAUCCCAUUGUUCGAUAUUUCGUUCACUGCCGCCCAGGCCCCCAUCGCGAUGAAGGGAGGGAAGCUCUGGGACAUCUGGAAGCAGAAGGGCGACCCUGCGGUGUGCGGCAACAGCCGCUGCAUCCUCGUCUCCGACCAUCUAUCCAAGUGGUACUGCAUGUCGAUCGCCGAGCCCGUCUUCCGAGCGGCUCCUAACGCCCUGGGCCCGCCGCAGUGUGGUUCCAUGCCGGGGAGGGAUGCCACGCUUCUCAACACGGCCAUCCAAACGUUCAUCGAGCGUGCCCUCCACCAGCGGCGGUCUUGGGCACUGCUCUUCCUGGAUUUGGCCCAGGCUUUCGACUCUAUCAUCCGCGAGUACCUCUACGGCGUCGGCCGUGGCAAGCUCUCGGACCUCUCCGCGGACCUGCAGCGAGCUGGCAUCCCCGCGCCUGUCGCGAAGGAGGCCCAGACAUACCUCGAGACGCACCCGCCUCUACUGGAGCAGGCGGGCAUGACGCCAGAGGAUGUCCGGCAGAUCGCCGACUGGCAUACUGGCACCUGGCUCGCCGUCCGUGGGGCGGAGCAUGAUGUGGUCCUCGCUCGCCGCGGGGCCCGCCAAGGUUGUCGGUUGGGCGCGCUUUGCUUUAAUUUGGCCUACGAGCUUGCACUGGGCCGCGCACGACAACGGUUCCGGGAAGCCGGCAUCACCCUCGAGCUUCGGACCCCGAAGCACGUUGCUAUCCCCUGGGCCACCGCCCUCGACUCCAGGGAGGACCUCCACGAGACCACAAACACCGACGUCGACGGCGAUUACGUCGAUGACGCCGUUUUCGCCUUCCUCGAGACGGAGCACGGCGGGCCCCAGCAGGUGCUGGACCAGCUCGGCAUGGCCACGGACAUCCUGGUCCACGAGUUCGCGCGCCUCGGUCUCACAAUAAAUUUCGGUCCAAGGAAGUCCGCCGCCAUGGUCAAGCUUUUCGGCAACGGCUCCAGGAAGCUCCACCAGAGCGCACUCCUGGAGAACGGACGCGAGCAGUUCACCUCCCCGGGCGGCUUCGCCCUGGAGAUCGUUCACCACUUCACCCACCUGGGCACGAUCCACCAGGACGCUGGAGGCCACCAGGCCGACGGCCGACGCAAGGCGGCGAAGGCGCAGCAGGCCUUCGCGCCGCUGGCCGUCCCCAUCUUCGGCUCCAAGGCCAUUGCGGAGCCCACCAGGAUCAAGCUCGCCAACUCUCUCGUGCUCUCGCGCAGCCUGUUUGCAAUGGCGGCAUGGCGAGGUCAGCUCGACAGAGGAUGGCUCCCGCUGGAGGCCCAGUACCACCGAGUGCUUCGCCGCAUUCACGGCCCCAUGCGCUUCGGAGCCCCCGGCACGCCGACGGACCUCGAGGUGAGGACCGCGCUGCAGGCCCCACCGCUCGCCUCAUUGGUGCGGGCGCAGCGUCUUGCAGGCCUUGGCUCGCAGCUGCAGGCGCCGCCGCUGGUGAUGCGCUGCGUUGCCGCCGUGCCCAAGCCCGCGUCUGCCACCCAUCUCCUGACGGACCUCAGGCAUCUGGCAGCCGCAUUUCCGGCGGAAACGCAGGCCCUCGGAGACCCAUUUCAUUUUCCAGCCGCCUGGCGCGAGUUCAUCCUGUCGGAGCCCGCGAGAUGGAGGCGGAUUGGUCACGCAUUACGCGCAUGCCCUUGCGAGGCCCCGCAGUCCCAGGCGGCCAUGCGCCGGCGGCGAGGGAAGCAACCUGCCCCGCUUGGGCGGGUGACCGCGCCGGUCCCGACUCUGCCAUGCCCUGACUGCCAGAAGGAAUGCCGCGGCCCCAAAGGCCUGGCCGCUCACAGGAGGCACGCGCACGGCAUAAAAAUGCAGGCGCGGUUUCACAUCCUUGGCACGGAGUGCCCAGCUUGCUCCAAGGAUUUCUAUACGCGCCCCCGCGCGCUCCACCACCUCCAAUUAUCCAGCAAGCAGUGCAGAGCCCGGAUGAUGCAGGGAGACCUUCCUGCCUUCUCGGCUUCCCAGGUCGCCGAAGCCGACAGGGCCGACGCGGCGUCCAACCGCGGCCGCACAGCGAGGGGCGAAAUGCGCACUCGCGCUCUCUGCCCGCCGCGCCCCGCAGCAGAGUUGCAGCCCGCGGAUGCUUCGUCAAGGGGACCGUCCGCGUAG